AUGUCGCAGACCACUGCAGAGUUGGCCGUAGGGCAGGCGCGGGGGAAACAGCAGGCGCGGUCGCGCUUGCUGUCGUGGACAGUAAUCCUGCCGCUCCUGCCAUUUCUGGUUAUAUUAGUGCUUUUCGCCCGCUUCUUCUUCGACCCGAACGAACCCAACCGCCGCCCGUUACCAGCAGGCCAGCAGCAAAAACAACAUCAUGAGGCGUCGCAAUCGACAGAGUGGUUUUCGAGCAUCGACAGUCUCAUUUACGACAAUGGGCAACUCCAUCCAGAAGGCCAUAUUCAUCGCGAGGCAACCACGCAGACCCUCACAUGGCGGAUAAGCACUGGGCAGCGGCGCCCGGACGGGGUUCAGAAGGAUGUGUUUUUGAUAAAUGACCUAUUUCCUGGUCCGAUCAUUGAGGCCCGCUCGGGAGAUACCAUGAACAUUCUGGUACAUAACGGCCUGGGAGAGGAUGAUAUAACAAUGCAUUGGCAUGGCCUCGAAAUGAGAGAUGCAAACUCGAUGGAUGGCAGUUUAGGGGUUACGCAGUGCGGUAUCCAACCUGGCCAGUCAUUUUGGUACAACUUCACCAUCUCAAACGACCAGAGCGGCACAUUCUGGUACCAUGCACAUUCCAGCGUUCAAAGGGUGGACGGGCUGUAUGGAGGCUUGGUCGUGCACAAGCCAGCUAUAGCUGUGUCUUUGGAUCGGUUUGGAAGAACUAGUGAACGAAGAGAUGGCGCUUUAGCGGACAGUAUGAAAUACAGCUACGAUAAGGAGCUUCUUUUACUUAUUGGAGACUGGUAUCACCGCCCAGCUCAGGAUGUCGCUAGCUGGUAUUUGUGGUGGGGGUCCAUGGGAUAUGAGCCGGUCCCAGAUUCCAUGCUGAUCAAUGGUGCUGGUCGGUUCAACUGUUCAAUGUCAAUGCCGGGUCGACCGGUAGACUGUAUUGGCGACGCUUCAGAUAGACCGCCAAUCAAGCUGGAUGGGCAGAGCUCGUACAGAAUACGAAUUGUGAACACGGGAUCUCUCUCCGGAAUCACAGUCAGCUUUGCUAAAGAAGCAGUUGAUAUAAUUACCCUGGAUGGUGGAAUACCAGUAGAGGCACGAAUUGGCAUGGAGGGCAUGUCAUCAGCGGGUAUCCUAUUCCCGGGCCAACGAAUGGACCUUGUCUUGCGCCCAUCACAACGUCUCGGGGCAAACGACGGCCCUUCAUUAAUAACUGUUCAAUUGGAUGAAUCUGACUAUAAAAUCGGAAACCCAUCCUUGCAAUCUCGACAGUCUUUCCCUAUCCUCAAGUCUCAAAACCAUAUGACCGGCGUCGUCCCUGGGCUUCUAGCUGACAAAGAACUUGAUUCUCAGCAUAUCGACAUCGAAAAGAUCCCCUCAGCCAGCUCUGUCCGAGCAAUCUUACCACCAAAAGCACAACAAACCCACAUGGUAUAUACAAAGGUGGAGAAACUCUCGCGACUCGCAAAUAUCCCACAUGGCUUCUUCAACCGCACGACAUGGAAGGCACAAAGUAGCCCACCGAACCCACUAGCUGGUCUUGCACGACAGCAAUGGGACAAGAACCAGCUUGCUAUUGUGACAGGGUCUGAGCCUGUAUGGAUCGAUUUCGUCGUCAACAAUCUAGACGAGGGAGCUCAUCCAUUCCAUCUCCACGGCCACAACUUCUACGUCAUCGCCGUCCACGAAUCCACCCACGGCUGGGGCUCUUAUAACCCCUGGGAUGAAAAGUCGCGUAUAGCAGCAGGAUACAUAUCGACAGCAGAUAGCGAUUCCUACGAUCUCAACCAGGCUGUCCUCCGCGACACCGUACAGAUUCCACGCCGUGGAUAUGCCGUCCUCCGCUUUCGGGCUGAUAAUCCCGGCGUCUGGCUCUUCCAUUGUCACGUAAUGUGGCAUUUGGCAGGCGGAAUGGCCAUGGUUGUGGACGCAAUGAGCGUGGAUGACUCUACUGCACAUAACCCGGCGCUAUCAACGGCGGAAUGCCGUGUUUGA